AUGACGUGGUUGAGAAUUGUAGAGCCCAGCAUCUGUUACAGCAUAGAAAAAGACAAUAAAAUUUCUGAGUUGGUGAGGAUAUGUUACGAUUUAACUGCUGUACUCUACAUUGUCUGCAAUGACAAUCACUCUGAUACAUCCAUGGAGUUGCCUCCACAUGAUGGAUUUAGACAUGGGACAAAUGAGGACGUCUUGGCUUCAUACGAUUUGCCCUAUAUUGAACAUCCCCACAUAGUGGGAGAGGGGGACACAGACCACUGGUUGUUCCUGGAGAGCCCCUACUCCACCCUGGUGACGGCAGCCGUCUACGCGUUCACCCUGAGGGUGGGACCCUGGCUGAUGGAGAACCGCAAGCCAAUCAGCAUCAAGUAUCUGCUCAUCGCUUACAAUUUCGCGCUGAGUGCCUCAGCAUCGCUGUGGGUGCUCGAGGCUCUUUUCACACCUUCUCUACUGCACUCAAUUCUGUUCAAAUCCUGUCAUAUAUCAAAACACGUCAUAUUCCCUGAAUUGAGCUCAACUGACAGGACUAAGGUGAACAUCCUCAUGUGGCUUUACUAUUUCUCGAAGCUUGUGGAGUUAAUGGACACUGUUCUCUUCAUCAUUAGAAAAAAGCAGUCCCAAGUCACGUUUCUGCACGUUUAUCACCACACAAACAUGGCCGUUGCUACAUGGUUCUUCCUCAAAUACAACAGAAAUGAACAGAUUAUGUUGAUUGGCAUAAUGAACUCAGUGGUACAUGCUAUAAUGUAUUUCUACUAUAUGCUAUCAGCUAUGGGACCAGCCGUUCAGAAGUACUUGUGGUGGAAGAAGUAUUUGACCAGUUUACAAUGUUGCAAUUCGUAGUGCUAAUCUCCUACUACGGUAUGCUGCUCUUGAAUUCGUGUGACGUCAGCAGAAGUUUCACUGUUUUCUCAGUCUUCAACACGGCGUCAUUUCUGUUCCUAUUCUUGAAUUUCUACUGGAAAACCUAUCUAGUCAAACAGAAAUCUGCCAAAAAGGAAUAAAAUCUAAAAAAUCCAACCUCUAAAGCUGUGGUUGAAAAUCUUCUUCAUAAAUAUUACAUAUAUAUAGUGUAUUAUAUUAUGAUGUCUCCAGUUUGAAUUUUAUCUUAAAUACAGUUAAAAUUGACGAUGAUAUUAUAAUGUCUCUAGUUUGAAUAUUAUUUUAAAUACAGUUGAAAUUGAAGAUGAUAUUAUAAUGUCUCCAGUUUGAAUAUCAUUCUAAAUACAGUUGAAAUUGACCUAUAUGAUAUUAUAAUGUCUCUAGUUUGAAUAUUAUUUUAAAUAUAGUUAAAAUUGUCAAAGUCGAUUGACAAGAAAGCUGGAAGCAAUAAAUAGGAAUCAUCUAUUAAUCCCUGGCUGUGGUGGAUAUUAGUGUAAGAAUAAUCAAAGAUUAAAAUAGACUAGGGUUAAAGUUGACAGGAGAUUUUAAACAGUCAACUAGUAUCGUGAUUAGAUAUAUAUAAUCUGGGUAGCCUAAUUAUUGUUUCUUUUGAGUUUGUUAACGGAGUUCAAGCUUCAUGCUGUUCUAGAACUUCUAUUAAUUCAUGUGAUGAAUCAAAAAUCAUACACUGUUUUCUUGAAGAUUAUGAUUAAUCACUUUAUUAUAUUGUAAUUUCAAAUAUUUUUAAUUGUUUGUAUGUUAUUGUGCUAUGGUGAGCAGCCCUUAAUAAUUUUGAUUGUUGAUUGCAGAGUUUUGUUUUUUCAUUAUGUAUUUUGUAAUACAUAAUUUGGCGUUAUGAUGUAUUACAGUAUAAUAUAGAGGGUAAUAUAUUAUUAUAUUCUUUCAGGUUAACUUGAAUAUCUUAUUUUUAAUAACCAAUUAUAUGAGUGCUAUAAUUAGUUUAUAGAUCUAGUUUAUAUACGACGUUCCUACCUUUGUUAUAAUAAAAUCUUUGAAAACAUAUUA